UACUAUUGUUGUAUAUGGUUUUCUUAAUUAAUUAAUCUCAUCAGCCGCAUUCCGGGAAUGGCAUUUAAGAACAAUGUUCCAUAUCUGGAGGUGAUGUUGCCAGAUCUUGAAAGGCUUGCAUCCAAUGAAGUGCAGAAGCAGUUCUAUAUGGUUAACAUGGAGAUGGAGAUGAAAACUCUGUUCCCAGAAGAUUUCUCAAGGCAAGCAGCUGCCACGUCAUCACUUCUCGCAAGAUGGAUUUCUUCAACCCCUCCGCUUCAACCCGACCCGAAUCUCCCUUCUUCCUCUUCCUCCUCCCUCAGAUCCUUAUCUAUAGACAGCCCGGAGUCCCUCCUUUUCAAUGUCGCCGCAACCACUUCUUAUCCAUCUGUGCCGCCGCCUCCGACGGCGGAGGCGUUCUCCGAUCACACGGCCAUGCGGAUUCAUCCGCCACCGGCGAUCCAAACCCUAGGCCAGAUCAGAACCGUUGAUUUCCAAUCAAUGCAGAGCGAAGAAGCCGCCAUUGCCAGCGCUUUCCUCGCCGUAAUUUCUUCCUCUUCCUCAUUUCAUCUGGAAGAGGAAAGGUUCUCAAGGUCGUCCACCGCUUUCCGGAAGUACGGCGGCGGCGCUCGGCCGAGCAUCCAGGCGAUUAGAAAACAGAGUGUGCUCAAAAGAUCAAUCGCAUUCUUCAGGAACCUGAAUUGGUUAAGACGGCAAGGAUUGAUCCGGCCGGCGAGCCGCCACACGACGACGCAAGUUCAUCACAUGAUUUCAGAGAGAAAACGGCGCGAAAAGCUCAACCGAAGCUUUCAGCAACUCAGAUCGCUCCUCCCUCCUGGAACUAAGAAAGACAAAGCAUCAGUGCUUAGCGCCACAACAGAGAAGUUGACGUCUCUAAUCUCCCAAGUGGAAGAGCUGAGGAGAAGGAACCAAGCACUGGAAGCGGCGGAGAUGUCGAUGAAGACAGCCGCGAGUGCGAGGGAGGAGGCGGUGGCCUCCUCCGCCUCCUCGUCCCCGACAAAGGUGGAAGUCCGGUUAACGAGCGCGGGCGAGGCGGGGACGACGACGUGGGAGGAGAGCAGCAGCAGCAGGAGAGGUGUGGAGGUGCGAGUGAGAGUGGGAGGAGAGAGUACUACUGGGGCGGCGGGUCUGGAGGUGUUGGUGGUGAGGUUAAUGGAGUUGUUGAAGGAGGUGGGGAAUGUGGGUUUGGUUUCUGUGCAAGCUCACACCACCACCACAUCACCCACCUUUUCUUCUUCUUCUCUUCAUCGGAUCAUCUUCACUCUCGCAAUUCAGGGGGGUGAAUUUGACGAAUCUUCUUUUCUGGAAGCAGUGAGAAGAGUUGCGGCUGACUUGUUUGUAUGAUUGAGGGAGCGUUAACCUCAAGGUGGCGCAAUACCAACAUGACACUUGUCAAUUUGUCAUUGGAUGAUUUGAUUUUUUUUCUUAAGUCCAACCAAUUAUUAUACCACGCCAAUAAUGACUACAACAUAGU